AUGUCUGCGCCGCCGGAUCGCCAGGAGCUGCCGCUGUCGGGCUCUGGGGCGCGCUGGGCUGGGGCUGGGGCCGGGGCGGAGGAGCGCGCAGCUGGGGCGCAGCGGAGGGAUGGAGACGGGGAGCAGCAGCCGCAGCUGCCGGCCGGCUCCGCCAGGGAACACCCGGCCGUUACCAUGGCGACUGCAUCCACAGGUGAUGCAGAGGCCUUUCACCUCUUCGAUUACAGUUCCACUAAAACAUCUAAAGGAGGAGACCGGUCCUUUUACACAUCUCUGAUAGCAGAUGACCGUUACACGUCUCCACCAGAUUCCACCUACUUCUCGGGAAUACUGCAAAAAGAAAACAGCCAUGUUACUUGUUCAGACAGCACAGAAGGAUUUAACACAAUAGGGCACUCCAUUCAAGAUGUGAUGGGAUUUGAGUCCCGUGGUUUGUUUAGCUCAGAUUCAGGAAUAGAGAUGACUCCUGCAGAAUCCACUGAUGUCAAUAAAACCUUAGCAGACCCCAUGAAAGUAGAAGCUUAUAAAUACAUGGACAUAAGUAGAUCAGAAGAGGUAAAAUACCAAGAAAGAUGCAACACAAGCUUAGAAGACAAGAAUACAAGCUUUAUCGAUAAGUGCCCUGAAACAGCAGCCAAGUUAGAGCAUAUUUCUGGAUCUAAGAAACCCACUUUUGAGGAGACAAAAGUGGCCAAAGGACACAACUUUUUUGAAGACUCAACUGUUCCAUCCUGUGCAGAGGAAAUAUUUGGUGAUCAACACAGUGCCUCACUGAUUACAGCACCGGUCAAGAUUACACUCACUGAGAUAGAAAGCGUAGGGGAACCUGCAAACAAAGAGUCACCUCCAAAUAAGCAAGAAACAGGGCUGAAACCAAGCCAUGAAGUGGUUCCAACAGUGACUGUGUCAGAGCCAGAAGAUGACAGCCCAGGUUCUCUCACACCACCAUCUUCUGGCACAGAACCAUCUGGCUCAGAAUCUCAAGGUAAAUGCAGCCUGUCAGAGGAUGAGCUUAUCGGUGCCAUUAAAGAAGCAAAGGGCUUUUCCUUUGAAACCGCUGAAGUCCGGCGUUCACCAGGUCAUUAUACAGAAAAACAAGAUCAGAAAAGCAAGCCAGGGCGUCCAGCUGUUUCAUCCCCCUUAGAUAACGAAGCCAGCAGUGCUGAGUCUGGUGACUCCGAGAUAGAGCUGGUCUCAGAAGACCCGCUAGCUGCUGAAGAGGUGCUACACUCCAGCUACAUGACCUUCAGUCAUAUCGGAGGGCCUCCCCCUUCGCCUGCUUCUCCUUCAAUACAGUACAGCAUCCUGAGGGAAGAGCGUGAAGCUGAACUCGACAGCGAACUGAUUAUCGAGUCAUGCGAUGCCUCUUCAGCUUCUGAAGAAAGUCCCAAGAGGGAGCAAGAUUCUCCUCUCAUGAAACCAAUAAUCAUGGACAUAAUCCAGGAAGAGAGUGGUUCGAGAACUGAUGCUUCCGACUUUGAAGUAAGUAAGACAACAGAGAGUAGGAUGAACAGGGAAAAUCUAGCUGAGUCUGCUUCCUAUCUGAAAUGCUCUUUUGUAGCACCCAAAGUAAGUGUUGAGCCACCAGCCUCUGCCAUCGGUACUGAAGAACUAAAAGAAAAAAUAAUUCAGAAGAAGCCACUUGAAGCAACAGUUGUUAACCAAAGUAAACUGUCGUCCAAGGACUCUGGGAAAAGAAGUUCCUUGGCUUCCCCCUCACUGCCAUUUUUAAAUAAGCAAAAAGCUAUCGACCUGUUGUACUGGCGUGACAUCAAGCAGACAGGGAUAGUGUUUGGAAGCAUCCUGCUACUGCUCUUCUCUCUGACCCAGUUCAGUGUGGUCAGUGUUAUUGCCUACCUGGCACUAGCUGCUCUCUCAGCCACCAUUAGCUUCAGAAUCUACAAGUCAGUUUUACAGGCUGUGCAGAAGACUGAUGAAGGCCAUCCAUUCAAAGCCUACCUGGAGAUGGAAAUGUCUCUCUCACAGGACCAGAUUCAGAAAUACACAGACUGUCUCCAGUUGUACGUGAACAGCACAGUCAGAGAGCUGAGGAGACUCUUCCUUGUCCAGGACCUGGUGGAUUCCUUAAAAUUUGCAGUACUAAUGUGGCUGCUGACUUACGUUGGAGCUCUCUUCAAUGGCCUGACUCUUAUGAUCAUGGCUGUGGUCUCUAUGUUUACUCUACCUGUUGUAUAUGACAAGUAUCAGGCACAGAUUGAUCAAUACUUGGGACUUGUGAGGACCCACAUAAACACUGUCAUGGCAAAGAUCCAGGCGAAAAUCCCAGGCGCUAAGAGAAAGGCAGAGUAA